AUGUACCAAGGUGGAGUGGCAGAGCCCUUGGCUUUGGACGCUCACCCCGGAUUCGCUUUCAAAAAAACUGCUGCGUAUGCUGCCACCUUUCGCUACGAGACCGACGAAGAGCGUCCAGACAUGGCAACCCAUUCCCCUCUUCGCACCAGUGGUGGUCGCCAACGUAGUCACUCGAUCCAAAAAGACAUGUCCCAGGCCUCUCCGCAGCGCCAGACCUCCCCCAUCAAACUAGCAGCAGAACCGCUCCCCGCACUCUACGUGAAAGCGCUGUAUGACUACAAUGCCGACGAUCGCGCCAGCCUUAGUUUUCGCCAAGGCGAUGUUAUCCAGGUCCUCAACCGACUCGAGACGGGAUGGUGGGACGGCGUCAUCGGCAAUGUUCGGGGCUGGUUUCCCAGCAACUACUGUACUAUAAUUACCAACCCAGACGAAAUAGAGCAUUACGCCUCCCAUCGAAUGAUGAUGAUGAUGGCUGACCCCGGCGAUGCCAGCGCAGAGUCAGGUGCCGAAGACGAAUAUGAGGAUGACCAAGAGGACGAGUUCGACCUAGAGCACCAUUCCCGCGAUUCGCAACCCAUCCUGCCUAUUGAAGGUGUGCCUCCAAUGGACCAGGAAGAAGCCGCAUAUUGGGUGCCACAAGCCACCGCAGACGGUCGCUUGUUUUAUUUCAACACUUUAACCGGAACGAGUACUAUGGAGCUACCAUUGGAGAACCCGUUGUUGGCAAACGAGACUGGCCCACGCGAUCGUAAUAAUUUCUUCGUCCCAGACCAGACCCGCCCGCCACCAGAAAUGAUGGCUCGUGGUGUCGAGCACGAAGAUGAUUACGACGGUUCUGGCUCAGAAGGCGAAGGCGAAUCAUUGAUGCUGGCUUCUCGCGAUUCGAUCUCCCGAAGACGUCGAUCACUGGCAGAUGAUGUCUCACCUGCCACCUCCAUGGAUUCUCUGAAUCCAUCACCUGUCACCAAAUCUUCUCAACAUACUACAACACACUCUGGCCAAGGUUCAUACCUUCACUCUAAAGACUCGAUAUCGACAUCUAUCGCUACGUCUAAUGGAUCUUCAAUACCCCGACACUUCGUGGAUGACACACCUGGCUCUCGAAUUGGCUGGGCUGACUUGCUCGAGAACAUGCGUCAUGCCAUCGACGCUUACCGACAAGUUGUUAGAAACGGCGACCGCAACGAAUACGUCCGAAAAGCAGAGGAUAUUUCAGACCAUCUUCGCAUGCUGCUUGCUGCAGGUUCAGACACUACAGACAACCACUCCGGAAGCCCUUCAAUUAUUUCACCAAAUCGUCUCCUGUACCCACACUUCCGAGACAUGAUGUCGAAAUUUUCCAAAUUGGUUCUAUCUUCACACAUUGCCGCUGCAGAUUGGACGAGUCCUGAUUCAGCCACGAAAUGUUUGCAAGAGGCAGAUGGCGUCUGGCAGGGAGUUUCCGGAUAUGUUCAGGUCGCUAGCCAACAGCGCGGUGACAACGUCAACCGUAUCGUCCCCGGAUUCGUCCUUAACAGUUCCACAGGUGGCCACUGGCAGAAUAAUGGUAUUCGAACUGGUGAAUCAGGUGCCACCUCUUUUCUGGAUCCAGAUGGUCAGGAUUCCAGCCAGGAACCUUCCGUUCCGCUGGAUGCUGCGUUGGUUGAUCAGAUUGACUCUAUGAGAAAGGCCAUCGUACUCAGCAUUAGAAAGAUUGACGAACAUCUAAAAAUGGAACAGAAGACCAUUACCCCUCGACAACAUCAAGCGUUGAGCGACGCUAUCUGCUUAGCUGCCCUGAGCGUUGUCGAGAAGUACAGACCCUGGAUCGCCACGAUCGAAUCGAUUAAUCUAGCUCCAUUUGGUACAAGUCUACAAAACCCACAACUAGUCGAUUUUGGUCUGCAAAAACAGAGGGUGUAUGAAACUAUGGCCGACCUCGUACUCAGCUGUCAAGCCGUUUCGGCUCCGCUUGGUGACGAGUGGGCCGAACUACGCAGAGAUCCUAUUGAGGAUCGUCUCAACAACGUGCGAAUUGUCGCACGCCAGUUAGAAGGCACCAUUUCGCAAAUAGGAUUCUCCUUGUCACUUCUCCAAGAGCAGGUCCCGCAGGAUGCCAAUGGCCAGACCCAUUUCAUUGAUGAUAAUGAGGCCGGCGCUGCGCCAAAUCGCGAACCAGGCAGACGACGGGGUACUACUUCCUCAGUGUCGGCCGUGCCAAUAGCAGCCCUCACUAUUGAUGACGACGACACACAAGUGCGCCGAAAUAUGAACAAAGCACAGCGAUUCUUUGGUCAGGCUCCUCCUUCCACAAUCACGAGAGAACCUCUUCGCGAACCAGUUUCAUUACCAGAGGAGAAUCCUUGGUUCUUGAACUUUGAUCAAGAAGGCGAGGUUUUCUAUGAUAACAAGGCCGAUGUCCCCACACUCAAAUGCGGUACGCUGGAGGGUUUGGUUGCUCAAUUGMCCCGCCACGACAAGCUAGAUGCCUCUUUCAAUAAUACUUUCUUGCUGACGUAUCGCUCUUUUACCACUGCUGCCGAGCUUUUCGACAAGCUCGUGCAAAGAUUCAGCAUUCAACCACCUUAUGGGUUAACCCCUGAUGAAUUGCGAAUGUGGAUUGACCGCAAGCAAAAGCCGAUCCGAUUCCGAGUAGUCAACAUUCUCAAGACGUGGUUCGAAAAUUACUGGAUGGAAACGAAUGAUGAGGCAAACAUGCAACUUCUUCGCGACGUGCACGCUUUCACACAAGAUUCGAUUGCCACCACCAAAACUCCAGGAUCACCACAAUUGUUGAGUGUUAUUGAACAGCGAUUGCGCGGUCAAGAUACUACAGUCAAGAAGCUUGUUCCUACGCAGAAUAUGGCCACGCCGACACCUAUUGUCCCGAAGAAUAUGAAGAAACUCAGAUUCCUUGACAUUGAUGCGACUGAAUUUGCCAGACAACUCACGAUAAUUGAAUCGAGGUUGUAUGGUAAGAUUCGAGCAACCGAAUGUUUGAACAAGACAUGGCAGAAGAAGAUUGGUCCUGGGGAGAGUGAGCCGGCUGCGAACGUCAAGGCUCUGAUCCUGCACUCUAACCAACUUACCAAUUGGGUUGCUGAAAUGAUUCUAACUCAAGGCGACGUCAAAAAGCGCGUUGUCGUCAUCAAGCACUUCGUCAAUGUGGCAGAUAAAUGUCGCGCUCUUAACAAUUACUCUACGCUUACGUCUAUCAUUUCAGCACUGGGAACUGCCCCGAUUCAUCGUUUAUCCCGAACAUGGGCUCAAGUUAGCGGUCGAACUUCGACUGUCCUUGAACAAAUGCGCAGGCUUAUGGCCAGUACGAAGAACUUUGGUGAAUACAGGGAAACGCUACAUGCGGCAAAUCCGCCAUGUAUUCCAUUCUUUGGUGUAUACUUGACCGAUUUAACUUUUAUCGAGGACGGUAUUCCAUCACACACGCCAUCCGAUCUCAUCAAUUUCAACAAACGAGCCAAAACCGCCGAGGUGAUACGCGAUAUCCAGCAAUACCAGAAUGUGCCUUACCAAUUGCAGGCCGUUCCUGAGCUGCAAGAUUACAUUUUAAGUAACAUGCAAGCGGCAGGCGACGUUCACGAAAUGUAUGAGCGCAGUCUGGAAGUGGAGCCCAGAGAACGAGAAGACGAAAAGAUUGCAAGACUGCUCCGGCCCGCGUUCUUGUUGGAACUCCGGUAA